GAAGCUGGCUGUUUCAUAAUCUGUGGACUGUUUUUAGCAACCCUUCACACAAAAAACCUCCCAUUACUGAGUUUUACCCUCAAUUGAGUUUAACUCUGAUCCAUAAAAAUUGUUUAAAUUGUUUUGAUAAGAAAAUCUCAACCCAGUUUGUGGUUUGGAAGCCAGACUCAUUUUUUCAACCCAGGUUGGAAUUUAGUUUUGGAUGAAAAACCAAUGUGAGCAAAUUCUGAACAUCAGCUAUAUCUCAAGCCAAGUUAAGUUUCAUCCAAGGUUGACAUUUAUCAUGUAAAGGGCCUCUCAAUAUUUUGGGGUUUAGCAAUUUCAAAGUAUUUUUUUAUAUAAAGAAAGAAAGCUGUUUUAAGGAUAUCAGGUUUUUUGGUUGAGGGCUGUGAGUGGGGAAUGUAGCUAAUUCAUAAAUCUUUGAAAUUUUGCAAAAGUGGAUUGCAAAACUUGUCAGGCAAAAGAAUUGCAGGAAAUCAGGAAAAACAUAUUACUAUCAACUAGACAUAAGUCUAUUUUUAAUAAGUCUGAUACUGAUAGUUUUUAUGUAACAUUGAUGUAGAACUUGAAAAUCGGCAUUCAUCCAACAUUUGCUCUCAGUGAAUAAGCAAACAAAUUUACAAACUGCCAACCAGGUUCCAUAUAUCAGUCUUUCUAUCAAUCCAAUAUUCCGUGGUCUGCGUUUUAUUUCAUAACACCUGGUAACACUUAACAUAGUGUGAUCAGAUAGAGUGCUGUGUUUGUUGAUCAUAAACAGCAGUUAAUCUGGAAGUGGCACUGAAGCAUGUUAAAAGUUACAAAAUCUAUUGCAAGAAAUGACUGUAUAUUUUUUGCCCAGAUGUUUGAGUUGGAAUCAAUGCCUGUUUUAAACAUAAGGAGUUUCACUGUAUACAGGAAAGAGGAGUUCCAGGGUAGAAGAUGUUUCACAGCUUGUUAUGUUUGCUGACACAGGAUGAAUUGUAAAAGAUAACAGGAACUGCUUGAUAUGGGGCUCUUUCUUUAGCAUUGUGUUUUUUAAUGAUGCCUCAUAUUGUUGAUUUUAUUGUACAAUAAUGGUUGUAAGGACUUGGAGAAAAAUAAGUGCACCUGGCAGACUAGGCCAGCAAAGUAAAUAUAGCCCUAGUAAUGUUUUACAACCAACGUCUCCUGAUAAAUCAAAGCAGAGCAGUCCAGGACCAGGAGACUCAGAAAUAGCAUCCCCAACAAGAAAAGUUUCUAGGCAGCUCUUUCAGUCUCAAACAAGUUAUGGAAAAAGUAAAAGUUUUGAUUGGGAGCCAAGAGAAUGCACCCCUGGGGAAGUUGCCAUCAAUUGUUUGCUGCAGGAAUUUUCAUCAUAUGCACACAAGAAGAUUGAGAAAGCACUGAGAACGGAGAGACCAUUGUCAAAAUCAUUGCAAAGAGGAGAAGACCCACAGUUUGAUCAGCUUUUAAGUUCACUGAGUUCUGUGGCAGAACACUGCUUAUCUUCAUUGCUUAGAACCCUAUUCCAGUGGUAUGAAAGACAGACUGGAAAAGAUGCAGAAGAUCUCACAAGAUCUAGAAGUCCAAGUCGGGCAUGGGGCGGGUCAGAAUCUCCAAGACCUGCUUCCAGAGCUGGUAAUAAAGACAGAGAUGCAUUGUGGGAAAGGCGCAAUCUUGCCGUGGAAUUCAUCUUUUGCUUGGUUUUGAUUGAAGUGCUAAAGCAGCUUUCAGUCCACCCUGUUGAAGAGAGUCAGAUUCAGUUUAUCGAAAAUCAUGCGUUCAAACACUUUAAAGACCAAGAUUCCGGCUCCGGUACGACACAGUCACAAACAAACCGGAUGAUUGUCACAGCUCUAUACGCUGAAGUCAUUGGCGUUUUGGCUAUGACGAGGUUCCAGUCUGUGAGAAGAAGAUUUAUGCAGGAAUACAAAGACAAUCAAGGAAAUUCGAGAGUCCUUGUUAACAUUAUCAUGGGACUGAAGUUUAUCCGAAUAAAGCUUUUUCCUGUUGAAGAGCUUGAAGAAUCAUUUCUAUUCCUCCAGGAAUGUGCAACCCUGUUCCUGGAAAGAAAUUUGGACAAAGAAGUUAAAUAUGCGUUCGCAAACUUGUUUGUCGAAUUGUUGAUACCAGUGGCUGCUACAGCAAAGCGAGAAUAUGGCAUUCCUGCUUUGAAGAAGUUUGUAGAUAUGUUGCAUAAAGAUGCUUUGGAAUUGGCAAGGAAAGCAAAGCAUAGUUCGGCGAUGUAUCCUUUGGUGACAGCCUUGCUCUGCAUAAGCCAGAAACAAUUCUUCUUGUUGAACUGGAACACAUUUCUCACUAUGUGUUUGUCUCAUGUCAAGUCACGUGACACUAAACUUCAAAGAAUGGCGAUGGAAUGUUUAUACAGACUCCUUUGGGUAUAUGUAAUCCGAGUGAAAUGCGAGAAUCACGCUUCAACCUUAACGAGACUGAGGAGUAUCACUGAAACUCUGUUUCCAAGAAAUUCCCGCACAGUUGUACCACGUAACAUUCCUCUGAACAUAUUUGUGAAGAUAAUCCAAUUUAUUGCACAGGAGAAGCUGGAUUUCGCGAUGCAAGAUAUCAUCUUUGACCUGCUCAAUGUUGGAAGAAGCAAUCGCCAGUUGAAUCCAGAACGCAUGAAUAUUGGCCUAAGAGCCUUUCUGGUAAUAGCAGAUAAAUUGCAAAGAAAAGAAGGUGCCCCUCCUAUGCCUAGCACAAUCGGAGUCCUGCCCUCGGGAAACACUUUGAAGGUCAAGAAAUCCUUCACAAAGCUGACAGAACAGGCGGCUCGAAGCAUCGGCGUCGUGACGUAUUAUACCAGUGUGCGACGCGCUCUCGAUCAAAUCCUACGAACACUUGAUAUUCAGGUUGGCCGGACUAUGACGAUGAAUAACCCCCAAAUCUCAAACAAGGAGCCUGUUGAUAUGAUAACAGGGGAACGGAAACCCAAGAUUGAUUUAUUUCGCACAUGUGUUGCCGCUAUUCCAAAAUGUGUACCUGAAGGUAUGAGCAAGAGUGAGCUUGUCGAGCUGGUCUCUAGACUUACUCUGCACUUAGACGAGGAAUUAAAGAGCCUUGCGUUUACUGCCCUCCAGUCACUUAUUAUGGAUUUCCCGGAAUAUCGUGAAGAGGUGAUCUUAGGUUACAUUAACUUCACAUUGAGAGAAGUACCGGAUAUUUAUCCAAAUAUCCUGGAAUCUUGUGUACGUGGGGUUUUUCAGUUGGUAGCUCAGUGGAGGACUGCAAUCUCACAACCCUCCAGUGAAUCGAAAGGGGACCAAUAUCUUGAGAUGUCAAUGAACUCAGGCAACGCACCAGAAGUACCGACUGUGCCAAAAGGGACUUCUACGCAUGUUGUGCAUUGUAUCGAAGGGUUUGCUCUGGUAAUGCUAUGCAGUACUAAAGCCAUGCAUCGCAAGCUGGCACUCAUGGUUCUUCGAGAAGUGCGACUACUAGCAAAGGCUAUGCAAGGUGAUGGUAGAACUGAAGAAGUGAUGGCGAUUGACAUUAUUGAAGAAUGUGCUCCGGCAGUGAUAGAGAAAGCUUUGACCUACAUAUCAGGAUCAGACAAGGCUUCCCUUGGUCUCUCGCCGUUGAUGGAUCUGCAUCUUCUCGCUGAAAAAUCUGCUUUGCUUGCGGAAAAAGACUCAAAUGUUGCUGGUAUAAGUCGUGAUGUUUGGGCCCACUGUUUCUCAGGCUUCCUCGAUCGCAUUUACACGCAUCAAAAUCACUGUUCAUGCACUUUUCAAUACAGCUGGCCCUUUGUUUACAAUAGGCUGUUUUACAUGUAUACGAUACUCGACCCAAGCGUUGAUUUCGAUUCGAUAAGUAGCAGAGCGUCUAUUUCUGUCAAGGCCCCCAAGAAGCCAGCAAAUCUUUCCUGCAUUUGGCUUUGGCGAAACUACCUUAUAUUCGCUUGUUGCACUCCUCCCAAAUCAGCAUUGAGCAAAGUUCAGACCAGCUCAUCAAGCCAAGAAAUGCUGCAAAGCGACGCUGAGGUUAAAAGUGAUUUGCAGAUAACGCAGGAUAUCCAUAGUCUGAGUGACGUUUUCAAGUCGACUGUUCUGCUGAUUAAAAGCGAGAGUCCGGAGAUUCGUGAAGCGACUGUUACCGGCCUUGGCAAGACAGUGGCAGCAGCACACUCGCAGCUAAUUGAAGAAAUGCAUAUUCUUUUGAGAGAGGUCCUUGACCGAAAGGCUGAAGGAGUGAGAAAGAAGAAAAAGCGUGAUCUACUACGUCUGCAGGUUGCAAGGGUUCUUGCUGCCAAUGCAGAGCAAGGAUGUUUUAAAAGCAGCCUGAUUCGGGAUGGGGAGAGAGCAGCGCUCGUUUCAAAUAUAACGGAGUAUGUAGAAGGAAUGCGGUACAUUCUAGAGAUUGAGGUUGACAAAGAAGACCCAACGCUUAUCCAGCUGAGACUGUUCUUCUCAAAAUUCAUCCAUAAAAUGAUCAAGAGCAUCCCACCAUCUUUGCAGGGCAAUUUACUGAGAAACCAGACCAGACAUAACCUGUUUUUGUUGCUAGCUGGCUGGUGCGGGCAUUUCAAUGUCAGCAACUUUGGUACGAGUAAAAACAACGUAGCACAAAGCUCAGAACUUGAAUUCUCAGCACUAGAAGCCAUGUGUGCUUUAGUAUGCUGUGGCGAGGUGUUCGAUCAGAAAGCUUUAGAGGUUUCCAAUGGCUACUUGUAUAAACUGUUGGACACGAUGCUUGGAUCUGAUAAUGCGAAAGUUCACAGUCUUGGGCAGGAGUCAGUGGAGCUGCUGUUAGAGAACAACGAAAGGAUUCCAGCAUUACUUAACUGGGUUAUUGAUCGCUGCUAUACUGGUAGCAAAGGGGUAUCCAGUGGAUGCUUUUUGUCUCUCGCAAAUGUCUUCUGCAACCGGCUGUAUCCCUGUCGACUUGUUCCGUUGAUCUGCGUUGUCCUGUUCAAGACUAACGAUGGGUCUGCUGAAAUAAGAGAAAGGGCUGCGCAGCUGCUACACCUUCUCGAUCGGCGCUUCUUCAGUUACACCGCGCCAUUCAGAACUGCAUAUGCAGGUUACUCGUACAACCAACAGAACUUUUCACGUGAUCUCGCUGUAACACACCCAGAGUUGACAUUGCCGAUGCUGGCAGAGAUGACAUUUAGAUUUGAAACAACUUCAAUGGUUGGCCAGCGUUGUCUGUUAAACUUUCAACUUCCAUGGCUAGAGAAUAUCGAGCUGGUUAAUGUAAGCUUGCCUCGUGUUCGAAACGAGGUUUCUGAUGAAGCAGCUGAAGAGUUUUUAGACAAUAACAACUUGCUGAGGCCGCUAAAUGUUGGAGGGGACGGCUGGGGGUCUGUCGAAGCAACGCAGAUGGUUUUAACGAAUCUCUUUUACAUCACAGCAAAGUAUGACGAAUACUUCAGCAAAGAAAUAGAAGCCUUGUGGUCAUCAUUAUGUGCAACAAGAGAAGCCAAUGUGCACCUAGUUAUAGAGUAUCUGAUUGUAAUGGCUAGCCUCUGCGGAGCCCCUGCCCUUCCACACGCUAAAAAGGUUGCAGUUUAUGUUUCAAGAGCAAACACGACAAAGACAGUCGAUGAACUUAUGAAAGCUUUGAGGUUGACGGAAACAGUCUCAGCGAACUGGGAAAGGCUAGACCAGCCUCCUUACUACCGUUUUAUUGAUAAAGCUGGGACUGCCAGCAAUACUGUUACGUCACCUGAGAGCAAGAGCAUUACGCCAGUCCAAGAAACAUCAAGUGAUUGUGAUAUGGAAAAUGCUCCUACGAUUAGAGUGAUGCCAUCUGAGAGACAGGGUAGUGAAGAGCGUUCAGGAUCUUGUGGAUCUGCAAAAGCUUUUGCCGAAUCAGUUUUAGAGGGAGCAAAGCAAAGCAAGGUUGUUGCUCAGUGUGAGCACCAGCGUAAGGAAUCAGGUACAGAUGAGUUAUGGCCAUUUCAGUGGAUGCUCGCAGCGCAUGCAAGUAGGCCAAGGGGUAUUCCCCUACCCAUCCCCGAAGAAUCAACUUACUUUGCACCGAUCACGUGCAUAUUUCCGCUGACCAUGUUGCCUGCUCAUCUUUACAGGUGCAAUUUCGGUGUCAUGAUGUUAACAGAAAUCGUCUCAGAUCGCCCUGAAGUACAAUGGAUAAUCAACUUGCCAUUAAUGCUGCAUGUCAGCUUUUUAGGCCUUGACCAUAUGAAACCGUUGGUCCACGAACAUUGCAAACGCUUGCUAAUCAACCUCGUUGUCGUAUUGGUCUGCAGAGGAGAGAGGUCGACAGUGGCAAAGGCCCUACUAGAUUUCCAGUCGGUCUCAAAUAUUGCGUUGGAUCGCAGCAUAAGUGUUAAAGGAUCAAUUAACGUGAUCGCAGAAGAAGGCAGUGUGGUUGAUGAGCAGGGUAUUUCGGAUGCUGAAAACUUACACAGGAGCAGCCCAUCAGUCUCCCAGAGCACUGAAAGAGACAGAUUGAAUAAUGGCGAUGAGCAUGGUCUCAGUGUCGAAGAGAAAGCGCGGGAAUUGAUAGAAUUUCUUACGAAAAGCGACUGUAGACCGUUGUGGCCCUUCGAGGACAUCACCCCGCGAAACGUCGCUAUCAAAAGCGCAGAACAGCUAGAAGCAUUUUUACGAAUGGUGAUUUCAAUUUUCGAAGAAGCAGUACCACAUGCACAUUUACUCGAGAGAUGGGGCUAUGAGUCAUUGCAUUGGGCAACAUCCUGUUCAUCUAGGCAUUAUGCCGGAAGAUCUUUCCAAGUGUUCCGUGGAAUACGCACUCCCCUCACCUGGACCAUGCUUUCAGAUGUCUUGCGUCGAUUUACAGAAUCAGUUGCCGAGCAAACUGACGAGAUGCAGGGCUAUGUAAUGGAAAUCUUGUUGACAUUCCUGUCUGCUGUUAGUUGCGCCUUUGCAGAGGCCCCAAAGCCACACUUUGAAGAUUUUCUUUACAGCGGCAUGGACAACCAAAGCAUGGACGAUCUCCUAUUGCGCCUUCCAGGCUGCAGGGCCAUAGACUCUGCAAUGACUGGCCACAGUAGGUCAUACAGUACAGAUUUCCAAUUAGGUUACCCCUUAAGGCAGCGAUCUGGCAGUGAAGGGCACCUGCUGACCAACAACCAUAAAAGAUAUGCCAGCGAGCUCAUCCUGUCGCGCCCUGCUAGUUGCCAUGUUGCCAAUGUCCCGUCACUGAAGGAGUUGACUGACUUCCAGCAGUUGCCGAAGAGCCCCUUGGAUAUGCUUGCUCGUCUGUUCUGGGUAGGCGUCUCCCUGCUGGAAUCAGAUUUCGAUCAUGAAUUCGAUAUGGCCAUCAGCCUCAUAGAAAAGGUGCUGCAAGCCAUGGAUUUAAGGAAAUCGGAAGGAUUGGAGAGGGUUGAGAAGAUAUUUGGCAAGCUCAACUGGCACGGCUUUCCCGGGCUGCAGUCUCUUUUGCUCAAAGGACUGACUUCCUCUGUCACGGCAGACUCGACACUUCAUUUGCUGGCAAAGCUUACGACGAUGACAAAUAUUUCAAUCAUAGAUCCAUCUCCAGCAUCAGGUUUGUCGUUAAACAUUUUGGCCUUGCUUCCAACAUUGAUCAAUCAUUUUGAUGAAGUAAAUGAGCACUGCGCGAUGAUUGCUGGAAAUAUAGCCAAGGCUUGUGAAAUCGACAAAUCGUUAUCAAAUCUUGGCAAGAUCAUGAUUCUUUACAAAGAGAAAGAGUAUUCAAAGCCAGUGCAAACUUGGAUAGAAGUUGUCUGCAAAUACAUUUUGGAUGUGUUCCCGCACUUGAGCACGACAAUGCUCGCAUUGCUUGUGGAGAUUCUUGAACAAGGGCCAACACAAUUUCAACAGCCAGUUCUGAGAAUGAUUUGUGCAAUUUUGAAGUACUCUGAUGCAUCUUCCCCUGGAUUAAAGCAAUUUCAUGGUCAUUUGCUAAAGGUUGUCACUGCACACGUUAAGGACGUCAAUUUGUGGAAGGAAUCACUCAAUAUAUUGAAGCUGGUUGUAUCGAACUCGUCCCAGAUUAAUGACGAUUUAGGCCUAGAUGGUCAAGCUAGUUCCCAAAGCAGCAUUCGUUCUUCGAUACUGUUUCAGCCGCGAGCUUCUAUGGCCUCACUCCUGUCAGUGGCUCCGAAACUACCUUGGGGUAGUAGCCUCACACUGGCUGAGAAUGCCUUUUCUGUUUCUGGACAAAGUUUCCGAAGGGAACUACCUGGGCGCACGUUGGAAUUUACAUAUGAUGUGACGGCCACGCCACUGAUUGGCGCCAAGUUUGAUCGGGGCUCAAAGGAUGGUCUGAAUGAAGGCAGGACUGAUGAUUCUUCGGGUUCUAGUUCUACUGCAGUGUCUUGUUGGAGAAAACCGCAUGGAUCUCAGAAAAGGACGCGGGAAAGAUUGGUUCAACUGUUGCCGCUAUGUGGCCACAGGGGUGCAUUGAAGUCAAGUUUGUCAGUAAUUUUCAGCUCCUCCAGUGAUCUCGCUGUUGAAAGCAAGCACGCAGCGUCCUCAGGUGAAGCUUCCGGAGAUGAGCAGGGUGAUGACAAAAUGGACGAGACUGGCUUUUCUGGAAGACAACUAAGAAAUGUUUUCACUGAGUUUGACUUCCUGGAUGACGAAUUGGAUAAAGAAAGUGAAGACAUGAGCAGCUUUGGGUGGGCCUCAACUACUGAACUGCGAAAGGAUGAGUCUUUGGAGAAUCUCCGCAAUAUGCCAUCAACCUCAAGAUCAGGUAGCGAAGAAGAACUGAGAGAGAUAAAAGAUGACGAUCUAUCGGAUGAAGAUGAAUCAGUGUACGGAUCGUCCAUUGCUUCUGUUUUGACGUCAUUGAAAGAGUCUGCAGUAGACGAAGACUUUGAAGAGAGUGACCACGAAGAAUCUCCAGUACAUUCAGUGAUGGAAGUAAGAACGGACCAAGUGGUGAAUGACAAACCUCAGCCAAGCCCGGCAUCCAUCUGCAGCUAUACUUCCACCCUUGAUGGAAUGGAGGAACAAGUCAACGAUAUCAUUACAGAGCCUACUCCGGGUGAAGAAAAAGAGGAUCUUUUCGAGGAAUUGACAGAACCGAGAGCACACAUCCCUAUAUUCGCUGUUGCAGCAUACGACGAGGUUCCUUCCCGUUGGUCACUCUUUGUUACAUCAUUUAUGUCCGCCCCAACUAUCAAGUCGGCUGUGGAAUCGAUGCCUUAUUUUCCAUUGAUACUCAAAGCAAGUUGUUGUUGGCUGCAGAGUCUGACACGAGACUGUUGUGAAGAAUUUCAGGCCCAUUUAGAAGCAAUUAACGAGCGUUAUAAGAUCGUAACGCAGAAACUUGAGAGUCAGCUUCAUAUGCCUUACGUCUUUAUUGACAAAGAUACGUUUGAAAAGGCCGAACUGUUGGCUAGGCACAAAUCAACAACACUAAAGCUAAACGAAAGCAUUCGAGUACUGCAAGAAAAGCGGGAACAGGCUUUAGAGCAACUGGAGUCAGUACAGAGACACAAGAAUCGUGCACAAGACAGUGACAAAAGUUAUAACUUUCAAUUCUUUGGCCCGGAUAGCGAUAAUCUGCGGACGAAAAACAAUCCCUUACUUCGUGGACUGGCGAAUCUUGGCUCUUGUUUAAAUCGAUUACACGUGCAGUUCAUACUUUGCUUAGAGAUAUACCUGGGGUACCUCUCCAAGAUUGUCAAGUCUACACAAAAAUUAGAGGCUAACGAUCUUUCGGAUGAACUCAUUGCAGCCGAAGAAAGGAUUAGAACGCUUAAAGUGCUGCCAACACAUAGCGAAACAAAAGAGAAGCCAGAAUUUCAAAAGGAGGCAAGCAAAGACGAUGUUAACACCGACAUUUGUCCUGGAGAAGGAGAAAUUUCUGGUGUUCGUGAUGUUGUAACUCAAGAAGGAAACAAUGCUGAAGAUUCAGCACCUCAUGAAGUAGCCGUAUCAGAGGCCACGUGUCAGGAGGAGGCUAAUGAAGAUGAACUGGAUAUCCCGUAUGUUGAAACUCAGAAGAAGAUUGAAGAUAAUGCGCAGAAGGAAAUAACUGAAUGUGCUGAGGUAAACGCAAGAGAUACAUUUCAGACAAUCUCCGAUUGUAAUGACAUUGAUAAUAAUUCAAAAAGCUUUGCUGAUAGGAAUUCGGAAGAGUUAGAGGCUGAGUCCGCGGAAAGGGAAGUUGAAGUCGGUAUAGAAAAUUUGAAAAUCGUCGAUGAAGAUGCGAUGAAAGCGAUGUCUGACUGCAUUGAAGCUUUGGCUCGUGAAGCUGACAAUCCUAAUGUUGCAGAUAAUACCGAAGUUACACAAAUCUCCGAUGCAAAUACGAUGCAAGAGGAGCAGGAGAAGGACGGAACUGAUGUAACAUUAGUCGAUUCGCAGGAUGUGAUAGAGGAAGAAAACGAGGCAAAUAUCUCCGUUGCUGAGUUGAGACUGAAUUCAGCCAUGUACCUACAUGACAAACCACCAACAAUAGAAACCAUGCUUGAGAAAGUUAUAAUUUCUUCAAGCUUCUUUGAGGAAAAAGGAAAAGACCAAACUGAGGUAAACGAGGCAAAGAAAUUUGAAGAAGUUCGAGUAACUGAAGAGGAAAUUAUUGAUAAUGAGGAUUCUUCAAAUGAUGAAGAGGUCGAGGAGCUAGCAAAAUUAUUGUGUAAAAGUGAGGAGGGCAAGGUUUGUAACACCAUCGACACUGAGGAAGAAGAACAAUACGAAAUUCGUAUAAGUGAUGUGCACACGGACAUGGAUAUGUCGUCAGUGCUGUACCAUGUCCAGUUUUUAGACGACCGGCAAAAACAAAACGCCAAGGAAAGUGACGUUUUGACAAUGGAGAGAGUUAUGGAGAAGAUAGCUAGCUCGAUGGAUGUUGGACAAUUUAAGGAUGCUCUUGAGCUUCUUCGUAGCUUCAGAGGCUACCCUGAUGUCGAGGAUGUAGUAAUUGACGAUAACGAAAAGGAUAUAUUGAUGGUUUUGUUUGCCAAAAACCUGUUAAAGAACAAAACAUCUGUGUUUGCAAUCACGAACUCCCUUGAAGGACUGGCUGAUACUUGUGAUCAAUUAAGCGAGUGCAUGGCAGAAAUGCUUGCCUUAAUAUGUGUAGAAAAUGAGAAAAAAUGUUAAUAAUUGUUUAUGAGUAUUUAAUUCUUAUUGUGAUAGAGUGACUUAUUAUUAAUUGAAGCAAAAACACACACAGAAAAUCAGACAAAUUUGAAAUUUACCUUCGAUCUAUCCUUCUUCAUUCAUGCUGCAUUUGAGAGAAAAUUCUUCGUGACGUCAUUUUGGCUCGUCAAAAAGGAAAUUAUCUUUCAGACCCCAAAACAAAUAGCUACAAUAAUGGAGCAUAAUGCCUUUGAACGACAUGUAAACCUUUAUUUUUGCUUCAUGGACAUUAGAAGAUGCUGGCAUUUAUUUUUUAUUAACAAUCUCCCCACAUUGGACCCAGUCCUUCUAUUGUUCCCUGUUUAUUCGCUCUUUUAAAGGGUUUACCAUUACAAAAAGGUCGUCUGAUGCAAUUUUCUACCGGUUUACUACAACCUACAAACCUAAAGGAGAUUGACAGUUUUUUUUAUUGAGUUCUUUCUUUGUUGCUUCAACGGUAGUUUGCCUGAAGUUUGAUAACGUUUGUAUUAUUUUGUUUUGUUUAUGUGCAGAUUAUUUCAUCAUUCAAUUUUUUAGAGUUAGUUUAAAUUGUUCAAUACCGUUCCAAAAUUUUUAUUAACUCACUUGUUAUUGUCAAAUGGCAGUUUUAUUGCAAAAAUGUAUUUAAAUUAAAAUGUUACAAAUUCGACGCUUUCCUUUCAACAUUUAUUUUAUACCUUUCGAAGUCG